GAAAGCUCCCGUGACGCGCAUGCGGGAGGGGCGGCCGGCGCCCGGGUGGGCUCGUUGGCAGAGGUUGCUCACACCCCCUGCUAAGGGCGCUGUCGUUGAAGGAAGUGUCGGAACUUGGCCGUCCUGGACCCCGGUGGCGGGGGUGCCGGGGGCUGCCACCAUGAGGUUAAAUCAGAACAUCUUGCUGUUGGGGAAGAAGGUGGUGUUGGUACCCUACACCGCGGAGCACGUGCCUAGGUACCACGAGUGGAUGAAAUCAGAGGAGCUGCAGCGUUUGACAGCCUCCGAGCCUCUGACCCUGGAGCAGGAGUACGCGAUGCAGCGCAGCUGGCGGGAAGACGCGGACAAGUGCACCUUCAUUGUGCUGGAUGCAGAGAGGUGGCGGGCCCAGCCCGGCGCCGCCGAAGAGAGCUGCAUGGCGGGGGAUGUGAACCUCUUCCUCACAGACCUAGGGGACCCCUCCUUGGGGGAGGUUGAGAUCAUGAUUGCAGAGCCCAGCUGCAGGGGCAGGGGCUUUGGCACCGAGGCCGUGCUCAUGAUGAUGUCUUACGGAGUGACCAAGCUAGGUCUAACCAAGUUCGAGGCGAAAAUCGGGCAGGAAAAUGAGCCGAGCAUCCGGAUGUUCCAGAAGCUUCACUUUGAGCAAGUGGCGGUGAGCAGCGUCUUCCAGGAGGUGACACUCCGACUGACGAUGAGUGAGCCGGCGCGGCAGUGGCUUCUGGAGCAGACCAGCCACGUGGAAGAGAAGCCCUAUGGGGAUGGGUCCUUGGAGCCGCGCGGACUGAGCCCUGAGACACGGGGAGUGGACGCACCGGGCCUGGGGGCAGAGGGCUCCCCACCCCUCUCCAGGCUGGGAGUCCCCUUUUGGGACCCUUCAGACUCUGGGUCGGCUUUGUCUCGGCCUCCCUCAGACUGGCAGUGUCUGCAGGGCUCCCUUCCUCCUGGCCAGGCCUAGACGCAGACUCUGGGAACCUGGAGUGGACGCACGCACCCACGGGAGGGGUGGGGUGGAGGCAGAGCUGGAGAGGAGGGGGUGCUGGAGAAUGGGCCGGCCCUCCCUUUUUCCUGAAAGGCCAGGGGCACCGCUCUGAGGCCGAGGCCCUGGCAGGGAG